AUGGCCCCCCACCGGCUGCUGGCCCUCGCCUCGCUGCUGGCUCUUGCCACUGCUGCCACCCCCUCGGGGUCCUUGUGGAGCGCCGUGCCCCGAAAAACUGUCCCCUACGCGGAGCUAAAGGACGCGGCCAAGCGCUUCUCGCAGGGGGGGGUCUCGCACUACCUGACGCUGACGCUGGACGAGGCCGAGGCGCUGCUCUACGUGGGCGCCCGCGAAGCCGUCUUCGCCCUGGCCACCGGCACCGUGGAGCUCAAGGCGGCGAUCUCCUGGGAAGCCCCCGUGGACAAGAAAGCUGAGUGCAUCCAGAAGGGCAAGAACAACCAGACCGACUGCUUCAACUACGUGCGCUUCCUGCAGAGCUACAACAGCUCCCACCUCUACGCCUGCGGCACCUACGCCUUCCAGCCCAAGUGCACCUACAUCGAACUGUCCGGCUUCACCCUGGACCAAGUGGCUUUCGAGGACGGCAAGGGGAAGUGUCCGUACGACCCCACCAAGGGACACACCGGCCUCAUCGUGGAUGGGGAGCUGUACUCGGCCACCUUCAACAACUUCCUGGGCACGGAGCCCGUCAUCCUCCGCAACCUGGGCCCCCACUACUCCAUGAAGACGGAGUAUCUCACCUCCUGGCUGAACGAGCCCCACUUCGUGGCUUCGGCUUACGUGCAGGAGAGCGCGGCCAGCAGCACCGGGGAUGACGACAAGGUUUACUUCUUCUUCAGCGAGCGAGCGGUGGAGUACGACUGCUACGCGGAGCAGGUGGUGGCCCGCGUGGCGCGGGUCUGCAAGGGUGACGUCGGCGGUGCCCGCACGCUGCAGAAGAAGUGGACGACCUUCUUGAAGGCUCGUUUGGUGUGCUCGGCGCCCGAGCAGCAGCUCCACUUCAACCGCCUCCAGGCUGUCUUCACUCUGCCGGGGGCCGACUGGCAGGACACCGCCUUUUUCGGCGUCUUCCAGGCCCGCUGGGGGGACGUGGACGUCUCAGCUAUUUGCCGGUACCACAUCCUGGAGGUGAAGAAGGCGUUUGAGGGGCCCUACAAGGAAUACCGGGAGCAGGCGCAGAAGUGGGGCCGGUACUCGGAUGAGGUGCCGAGUCCCCGUCCCGGCGCGUGCAUCACCGACUGGCACCGGCAGAACGGCUUCGCCAGCUCCCUCGAGCUGCCCGACAACACCCUCAACUUCGCCAAGAAGCACCCGCUGAUGGACGAGCCCAUCCUGCCCCACCAUGGGCGCCCGCUCCUCCUCAAGAAAGACGCCAACUUCACCCAGCUGGUGGUAGACCGGGUGCCGGGGCUGGACGGCACCGUCUACGAGGUGCUCUUCAUCGGCACAGGUGACGGCUGGGUGCACAAGGCGCUGAACCUGGGUGCUCGCGUCCAUCUGGUCGAGGAGCUGCAGGUUUUUGAGCCGGCGCAGCCCGUGGAGAGCCUGGUCCUGGCUGGUCGGAAGAAGCUGCUCUUUGCCGGCUCCCGUUUCCAGGUGGCCCAGUUGCCCCUGGCUGACUGCAGCCGCUACCAGUCGUGCACGGACUGCGUCCUCGCCCGGGAUCCCUACUGCGCCUGGAGCCACAACGCCAGUCUCUGCGUCCGCACCGAGGGCCUCAACGGGUCCCAGCUGGUCCAGGACGUGCUGAGCUCCGACACCCGUGCCUGCACCCUGCCGCAGGUGGCCAAGCAAGGGCCCAUCACCCCCAAAAAUGUGACGGUGGUGGCGGGCACCGACCUGGUGCUGACGUGCCGUUUGGGCUCCAACCUGGCCCAGGCGCUGUGGACCUUCGAGGGCCGGGCGCUGGCGGCUGAGCAGGCGCUGGUGCUGCACGACGCCCGUCUGCGGGCUCUGGUGGUGCCGGGAGCCGGGGCGCAGCACAGCGGCACGUACCGCUGCUUCUCGGAGGAGCAGGGCGCCCGGUUGGGCGGCGAGGUGUACCGGGUGGCGGUGUUGGCCGGCCCUGGGGUGCCGCUGGAGACGCGGGCGCCGCUGGAGAGCCUGGGGCUGGUGUGGGUGGUGGCGGUGUGCCUGGGUGCCCUGUGCCUGGUGCUGGUGCUGGUGGUGCUCUCGCUUUGGCGGCGGCUGCGGGAGGAGCUGGGCAAAGGCGCCAAAGCCAUCGAGAGCACCCUGGUGUACCCCAUCGAGCUGCCCAAGGAGCCCCCCAGUCCCCGCUUCGUGCCCAGCGCCGCCUCCGACUCGGACGAGAAGCUCUGGGACCCGGCCAGCUACUACUACUCGGACGGCUCGCUCAAAAUCGUGCCGGGUCAUGCCGCCUGCCGCAACGGAGGCCCCCCCGGUGCCACCUCGCCGCCCAACGCCAUUCCUGGGCAGCCCCUCCACUCGCCCACCCGCAUCCACCUGGGUCCCCUGCGCGGUUCCUCCUCCAACGGCUACAUCCGCCUGGCGCUGGGCGCCGAAGAGCGGCCGCCCUGCGCCGAUUUGGCCGAGGAGCUGCGGCGCAAGCUGCAGCAGCGCCAGCCCCUGCCCGACUCCAACCCCGAGGAGUCGUCGGUCUGA